AAAGGGUGGGGCUUGUACAGUUUCUGUUUCUAGGGUUGGCAGCUCAGUGGGUCUCUCCUGCUUGAUUGUUCCGGGAAAGUGUGUAUGGCAGGCCGGCCAGGCUACAGGUGCCAGAAUGGAUUGCAUAAAAGGCUGGGGGCUGGUGGAGAAGAGAGUGUGCCGUCAGGCCAAGAUCUGGGAUUUCCAUUUGGGUUCUGAAACUGGAGAAGUGCUUCUGACCGCAGCCUGAGCCUCUCUUCUGCCUUCUAGCAGCAUGGGGCACAAUCCCAGCUCCCAACUCUGGCUUGUGUCCUUAUUCUUAGCCUUCUCGUGUGGAGGUGUGAGUACAACUCCAUCACCUGUGGAUCAGGCCCAAAGUUCCUGUUCUCUGGAGGGGGUAGAGAUCAAAGGUGGCUCAUUCCAACUUCUUCAGGAGGGGCAGACCCUUGAAUACCUGUGCCCCUCUGGCUUCUACCCGUACCCCGUGCAGACUCGCACAUGCAAAGCCACAGGCUCCUGGAGUACCCUGAAGACCCGAGACCAAAAGAUUGUCAAGAAGGCAGAGUGCAGAGCAAUUCGCUGUCCAAGACCACAGGACUUUGAGAAUGGGGAGUACUGGCCUCGGUCUCCCUACUACAACUUGAGUGAUGAGAUCUCUUUCCACUGCUACCCUGGUUACACACUCCGGGGCUCUGCCAACCGCACCUGUCAAGCCAAUGGCCGGUGGGAUGGGCAAACAGCCAUUUGUGAUGAUGGAGCGGCAUACUGCCCCAACCCGGGCAUCCCUAUUGGAACAAGGAAGGUGGGAAGUCAGUAUCGCCUUGAAGACAGUGUCACCUAUUACUGCAGUCGGGGACUUACCCUGCGUGGCUCCCAGCAACGGAUAUGCCAGGAGGGUGGCUCUUGGAGUGGUACAGAGCCUUCCUGCCGAGACUCCUUCAUGUAUGACACCCCCGAAGAGGUAGCUGAAGCCUUCUUGUCCUCCCUGACAGAGACCAUAGAAGGAGUUGAUGCCGAGGAUGGACAUAGACCAGGGGAACAACAGAAGCGGAAGAUUGUCCUGGACCCCUCAGGCUCCAUGAACAUCUACCUGGUGCUAGAUGGAUCAGAUAGCAUUGGUGCCAGCAACUUCACAGGGGCCAAGAAGUGUCUCACCAAUUUGAUAGAGAAGGUGGCAAGUUAUGGAGUGAGGCCAAGAUAUGCUCUAGUGACAUAUGCCACAGCUCCUAAAAUCGUGGUCAAAGUGUCUGAUGAAAAGAGCAGUGAUGCCGAUUGGGUAACAGAACAGCUCAACAAAAUCAGUUAUGAAGACCACAAGUUGAAGUCAGGAACUAACACCAAGAGGGCUCUUCAGACAGUAUACAGCAUGAUGAGCUGGGCAGGGGACGUCCCCCCGGAAGGCUGGAAUCGCACCCGCCAUGUCAUCAUCCUCAUGACUGAUGGCUUGCAUAACAUGGGUGGGGACCCAGUCACUGUCAUUGAUGAGAUCCGGAGUUGGUUGGACAUUGGCAGGGAUCGCAAAAAUCCCAGGGAGGAUUAUUUGGAUGUAUAUGUGUUUGGAGUCGGGCCUCUGGUGGACCAAGACAACAUCAAUGCUUUGGCUUCCAAGAAAGAGAAUGAACAACAUGUGUUCAGAGUCAAGGAUAUGGAAAACCUGGAAGAUGUUUUCUACCAAAUGAUUGAUGAAACCAAGUCACUGGGUCUCUGUGGCAUGGUUUGGGAGCAUAGGAAGGGUACCGAUUACCACAAACAGCCAUGGCAGGCCAAGAUCUCAGUCACCCGUCCUCUCAAGGGACAUGAAAACUGUAUGGGGGCUGUGGUGUCUGAGUACUUUGUGUUGACUGCAGCACACUGUUUCACCGUGGAUGAUGAGAAACAUUCAAUCAAGGUCAGCGUAGGAGGAAGGAAGCGAGAUCUAGAGGUAGAAGAAGUCCUAUUUCAUCCCAACUACAACAUCAAUGGGAAGACGGCACAAGGAAUUCCUGAGUUUUAUGACUAUGAUGUGGCCCUGAUUAAGCUCAAGAAAAGGUUGACAUAUGACCAGACUGUCAGGCCCAUCUGCCUCCCCUGCACGGAAGGAACAACUCGAGCUUUGCGGCUUCCUCAGACAGCCACCUGCCAGCAACACAAGGAAGAGCUGCUCCCUGCAAAGGAUAUCAAAGCUCUGUUUGUGUCUGAAGAAGAGAAGAAACUGACUCGGAAGCAUGUUUUUAUCAAGAAUGGAGAUAAGAAAGCCAGCUGUGAGAGAGAUGCCCAAAAUGCUCCAGGCUAUGACAAAGUCAAGGACAUUUCUGAGGUGGUCACUCCCAGGUUCCUCUGUACUGGAGGGGUGGACCCCUAUGCGGACCCCAAUACUUGCAGAGGUGACUCUGGUGGCCCUCUGAUUAUUCAUAAGAGGAGUCGUUUCAUUCAAGUUGGUGUGAUCAGCUGGGGAGUGGUGGAUGUCUGCAAACACCAGAAAAAGCAGGUACCUGCUCAUGCCCGAGACUUUCACGUCAACCUCUUCCAAGUGCUUCCCUGGCUCAAGGAGAAACUCAAAGAUGAAGAUUUGGGUUUCUUAUAAUGGGCUUCCUGAUGAAAGAGGGCAUGGGAAAAUUAAAACAGCUGUGAUAAUAA